CUAAAGGGUCGUUUGGAAGUUACGCUUGUUUUAUUUGUAUUGAAAUGGAAAUUGAUAAUGGGGUUUUUGUAUGAUCCUUAAUCCAUAUGGUGGAGGAGGGUUAAAUUGGGGUUACCAAAAUCUUCAAAUUGGAUCUACCAAACCAAACCAAUCCAAUCAUUUCUUCUCCGUGUAUACCAAACGGCCCCAUAGUCUUAAACGCCUGCAUUUAUGCUGUGUGCCCACCCACACUCAACCAAUCCUACAACAGGGAUGGUUUUCCUUUAUAUAAAUGGGACAAUCGGUGAUGAUUUUUCCAUGCACUUUUGAUAGACACACAGAAGAUAUAGACUCGAGCAGAGCAGCUGAGCACUAGACACAUAAUGCACUCUAAUUCCAGGCAUUCUGAUCAUCGUCAUCAUGGAGGCGACAGAGAGGUUCGCGUCUGGAUUUUUGCUGAGAAAGAUGAAGAGCUCCUUCUCCAAAGCCACCGCCGGCCAGGGCACUGGGACGCAUCCGCCGUCGCCGCCUCGAUAUCGGAUUAUGAGUCAUCACUUCAAGCCGCUAGGAGGUUGGUGCAAUCGGAGCUGGGGAUCAACCUUCCAACUGAUGCCUUUGAGUUGGUGUCUAGCUCUCCCCUAAAACAGCCACAAGGAGGAGAGUCCGAAAAUGUGCUGAACAAUGAUGUAUACCUGGUGACCACCCUUGAGCCAAUACCAUUACAGGCUUUCACUCUUCAGGUGAAAAAAGGGCCAGGCAGUGUCAAGUACAUGACAUACAAUGAGUACAAAAACUUAGUUGGGCAGAACGACCCCGCCUAUGUCCAACCGCCUGAUAUCGCCAGCGAAUACGCCAAACUCUUUGCAAUUCUUACCAAAAGAUACCAAGAGGACCGUGACCGUUGUUCGACACUCCAUAAACAACUUCAGCGCUAUGCUCCGGUCUCUCUUACAGCCCAGUUGUCAGGGCUUUCCGAUGGGGACAAGGAGGCCUUGGGGUUCAUAAUCAAGGCUGCAAAAGCCAUCGACGAGAUAUUCUUCCACCAGGUUCUGGACACCAAUGCUCUUCUCAGGGACUGGCUACAGGGCCGGGCAGCUGGAGACGAUGCGUCACAGCUUGACCACCUCAAAUGGGAUUACUAUGUCAUCAACAAGAGCCCCUGGUCUAGCCUUGACGAGAACGAGGCGUUCCUGACAACUAAAGACUCGGCCAUAAAGUUGGCUACUGCUGCCACAAAGCCAGUGGAAGGAUGGAAAGGUCUAGAAUACAGAGUUGCUCUGUCUUCUAACAAACCUCCCGGUGCCAAUUUCUACCCUUUAGACAUGUCCAAAAAGGAGUUUGAAUCAUGGAAGAGCAGACUCCCAGAAUCGCAGCAAAAAGAGGCUCAAGGUUUCUUCACUGUUAUCAGGAGGCAGAGUGAAACCAAUCCUGAUCUUUAUAUUGUUCCUUACUCUCAACAGUAUGAUUCUUCCCUUACCAAAGCUGCUGAGUUUCUCCACAAAGCUGGAGACUUGGCUACUACUCCAAGCUUGAAGAAGUUGUUGCAUACCAAGGCUGAUGCAUUCCUCUCAAAUGACUACUAUGAAUCUGAUAUUGCUUGGAUGGAUUUGGACUCUAAGAUUGAUGUCACCAUCGGUCCGUAUGAAACAUAUGAAGAUUCACUCUUUGGCUACAAGGCUACAUUUGAAUCUUUCAUUGGGAUACGUGAUGACGAGGCAACUGGUCGAAUCAAAAUGUUCGGAGAAAAUAUGCUGAAGUUGGAGCAAAAUCUUCCCAUGGACGAUCAGUACAAAUCAACCAAUGUCAACGUCUCACCCAUUCGUGUCAUUCAACUCAUCUACAAUUCUGGGGAUGUUGAUGGCCCUCAGAUUGCAGCCUUCAAUCUACCAAAUGACGAGCGUAUAGUAAAUGACCGAGGGACUUCAAUGGUGAUGAUCAAGAACAUUCAAGAGGCUAAGUUUGAGAAAAUCCUGAAACCGAUAGCGGACAUCUGCAUCAACAAUGAACAGAAGGAGCUCGUAGAUUUCGAUUCCUUCUUCACACACAUCACCUGCCAUGAAUGUAUUCACGGCAUUGGUCCUCACACCAUUACACUUCCUGAUGGUUCAACUUCCACUGUCAGACAGGAGCUGCAAGAGUUCCAUACAGUUCUGGAAGAAGCCAAGGCUGAUAUUGUCGGCUUGUGGGCGCUCAGGUUCUUCAUCUCCCAGGGUUUACUUCCAAAGAGCAUGCUGGAGACUAUGUAUGUCUCAUUUCUGGCAACAUGCUUCCGUUCAGUUCGAUACGGUUUACAGGAUGCUCAUGGGAAAGGGCAAGCUGUGCAGUUCAACUGGCUGUUUGAGAAGCAAGCCAUUGUCCUUCAUUCUGAUGAUGAGACUUUUUCUGUUGAUUUCACAAAGGUUGAAGAGGCGGUUGAGAGCCUGAGCAAGGAGAUUCUGACGAUUCAAGCGAAAGGAAAUAAACAGGGUGCAAUUGCUCUUCUUCAGAAAUAUGGUCAGAUAACUAAACCAUUACAGCUUGGCUUGGACAAAUUAGAGAAAAUUCAGGUGUCUGUGGAUAUAGCUCUCUCAUUUCCCAUAGCCGACGAAACCCUAAAGAAUUAGAAAAGCAAUGGAUACUCCAUUUCCUUAGAUACUCCAUUUUCUGAAUAAGUUGCAUAUGAAGCAGCACUAUUUAAGUCGCGUGAUGGAGUAUUUCUGUGUUGAUUUUCAGUAUUUGAAUUGGCUUCUGAAUAAAGUUGGUGAGAUUUCAUUUGCAAUAAUUUGUCAAUGCUCCAUACAUUAGAAUACUUCAGGAAUCAGACGGCAAAGACAAAAGAAAUAAAGGCUAACUUCCCGA